AUGAGCCUUUUCCAGGCGCGGGAGUGGUGGAGCACCCAGGUGAGCGAAGAUGAGGAGUUCGAUGUGGGCUGCCUCUGUGUGGCCAACGUGGACAAUGAGCCCACGGGCGCGAACAAAAUCAUCAUGGGCAGCUACCAGGGCAUGCUGCGCAUGUACUACCCCAAGCAGAAGGAAUACAAGAUCGAGGACCUCAUCCUCGAGAGCAACGUCGAGGCGCCCAUCCUGCAGAUCGAAGCUGGGCGCUUUGUUCAGGGGAGUCGAGACACUUGCAUGUCUCUGCUUCACCCGAUGAAGUUGUCAGUCUACAUGGUGUCUGCGGUGUCUUCGGGCUCGUCGGUGAACUACUAUUCCAUGGUUCCAGCCUAUGAACACAAGCUUUUAAGGCCGGCAUUCAACAUGUGCUAUGGCAGUUUCGGCGGUGUGAAGGACCGCGACUACUUUUGCAUUCAGUCUUUGGAUGGCGUCCUGUCGUUCUUCGAGCAGGAAUCCUUUGCGUUCAGCAGGAUGAUUUCAGCAAGUUUUUUGGUGCCUGGACCCAUUUGCUACGUGCCAAAGAUCGACAGUUUUGUCAUUUGCACGAAUGCAAUGUGUAUAGAGGCAUACCGGUAUCAGGUUCUUGCUGCAGCAGCUGACAAUGUAGAUCAACUACCAGGUGAAGGAGGUUCUGGCAAGAAAGUUCAGGUGGAUUGGUCCACCAACAUUGGCGAACACGCCCGGAGCAUCGAAGUGGUUCGCUUUACCCGGUCCCUCUCGGCGAGCCAGCAGGAGAUCCUCGUGGUGGGCGAACAAACCGUCUUCACGCUCAAGGACAGUGGUGGCAUCCGCCUGCAAAAGCGGCUGGCCGAGUAUGGCAUCACUGCUUCCAUCGCCUACAAGAUGCCAGCAGAAUCUCCUGAUGCGCUAGCAAAUCACAAUCUGAUUCUUGGGACAAACACAGGUCACUUGCUGAUCUUGAAGGAGAUGCAGCUGGUGUGGUGCGCACGCUUGCAGGGGAUGGUGCCAGCGCAGAUUUGUGUCGAUACCCUUGGCGGCAUUCGAGGCAUGAUGGUGCUGAUGGACUACAAGGGCAAGUUGCAAGCUUGUUAUUUGGGCACCGACCCACCCACGGCCAGUUUGGUGAACACUGAGAUGAAGGAGCUCAACUAUGACGAGAUGGAGGAAGAACAUCAGGACCUGCUUCGAAUCAUCAGGCAGACGCAUGGUGACGGAGCAGCAGAGCCUGAAGAAAGCCUGACGGUGGAAGCGCAGGUCCCUCAAGUGCUCGAUUUGGGCAUGAAUGAGGACGACUGUGACGCUGAUGACCCCGUGGGACGAUCCGAUGGGAUGGUCAUGCAGCUCACUGUGCACAUCAUGGUGACCUUGCGUGGCAGCAAGCCAGUGGAGAAUGUGUCGAUCACCCUGAAGGCGCCUCAAUGUUUUCACCUCUCACAGAGCUCUGUCUUCAUCGAGAAGGUCGAUCCCGGAGCGCCUCCGGUGAUCGUUCCGAUCCUGGUCCGAGUGUGGAACAAGAUCCUUUGCUCCGGUCUCGAAGUCAUGGUCUGCGCAGCGUACUUCUCGAUGAACAACGAGCCACGAACGGCUGCGACCACUUUUGGUUUGCCCUUUGCUUUGGUGGCCAAGCCAAUACCACCAGUGAAGAGUGCCAACCACAAGAUCCAGCUGGACUGCAACAAGCAGCCCCCAGCGCUGCAGACCUUGUUUGCAGGGUUGCUGAAUCAGCCGCAUGUGUCCCCAUCAUUGAGUCAAGGCAUGUCCAACUUGCUCUCCAUUCAGUAUGUCUCUGGCACUGAAGCGACCGUGCUGGUGUUGAAGAGCAGCGGACGCUUUUGCGUCCAGGCGACCGAGUUCGCGGCCUUGUGGGUCCUCACGGAGGAGUUGUGCCAGAGGCUGCAGGACUACUUUGGCCCAGGGGGUGAAGGAGCUGUGCCGGAGGGCGAGGAGCCCUUCUUCAUCACCUUCCAGGACAGCUUACCACUGCAUGACUACUUCGCGCUGAUUGAUGAUCACUUUGAGCUACGAAGACAUCUGGAUGAGUUGAGAAAGGAUCUGGCAGAUCGUACCCAGCAGUACCGCGUCAUUCAGAAGCGAUUGCUGGUUCGCUUUAAGGACCGAAACCCUUCACCGCUCAAUCACCUGGACACCUUGCUGAACCUCACCUUUGAGCAGACCAUCCUCUUAACAGACGCCAUAGACGACGUGGAGCAAGCUCUUCGAACGGUCUCUUGCCAUUUGUCCGCGGCCACAGAGCUGAUCCUUCUUCUCAUCAAGUUCAGAUUUGGGCUCGAUGAGGAUAACUUCAGCGUACUGAGAAGGCAUUUCUCGCCCGAGAUUUGCGACACCACGGAGCAGGGUUGGGAGGAGAAGGUCGACACCUCGUUGCUUCAUCUUCUGCGAACUUCCUUGGCUCGCAGCGCUAAGGAUCGGAAUACUCUUCCUCCGCCCAUGAAGGUCCCACAGGACACCAUGAAGCUACGGAAGCGCAUCACCAACGUGGUGGAUCGUUUGGCCACUGGUGCAAGGGUCACCGAUGUGGAUUCAGGCGGCCCUGUCGUGGAAGCUGCCGAGGAAGAGAUCAUGCCACCGGAGGAGAGCGGCAAGGGCUCCCUCGCAGACCAGGUGAAGCGAGGACAGCGCGAGUCCAAAGGCUUCAAGCAACGGUGGUGGGACUAUUGCGACAAAUAUGGCAAGGGCUUCUAUGAUCCCCACCGCCAUGAGCAACGGCUACUGGAGGACUUCCUAUCCUUGGAGAAGACACGUGCAGAGCGUGGAAGUCAAAGCUCUAGUAGCAGUCGAAGUGGUCGGAGCAGCAGCACCAGAAGCCGGCGCAAUCGCCGUCGGCACCGAAGAAGGCGGCACAGCCGAAGGAGGCACCGCCGACGACGGAAGCGCCGGCGUUCGCGGAGCUCGCCCUCAGUGCGGAGGAAGAAGAAAUCCUCAGGCUCGAACAGCGACUCAGACAGCGAGCGCAAGUCCAGCAAGAGCUCAGAGGAUGACAAGGACUCUCCCUUGGAGAAAGCAAAAGCGAAGGCCAAAGCAGCGGAAGAAGCUCUGGAGCAAGCUCAAAAGGCCGUGAAAGAUGCCAUACUCGAAGAAGAGCAGCGGCAGAAGGCUCAGGCACAGGAAGAGGUGAAGGCUGUGCAAGCGGAGGUGGAUGAGGAGGUGGCCCAAAAGAUGAAACAAGUGGAGGAGAAGCUCCUGGCGGACAAGGCCUCCCGAAUGAAGGAGGCGGAAGAACGCCUGGACAAGGCGAUUGCCCAACGGAUCAAAGAGGCAAAGAGUAAAGCGCAGAAAGCAGCUGAAACGAAGCUGGAAGAGGGGCUACAACGGAUCCGCGCCGAUGCGGCGAAGGCCUUGCAGGAUGCCAAGGCCAAGGCCAAGGCGGACCAUGCUGAGAAAGUUCAGCAAGUUGAGAAGCGUCUCUCAGAUGCCAAGGCUCGAUUGGCUACCUUGAAGGGCAAGGUCGCGAGAAAAGGCAGCGAAUCUGAUGCCUCCGAUGCCAAAGAAAAAGGAGAGAAGAAAGGCGACACCAGCGAGUCGGACUCAUCGUCCGAGUAG